UCGCCAUCAGAACCAGUGAAAGUCACCCUACAUGAUUGCUUGGCUUGCAGAUCGAUCUGCCAUGAACUGGUCAUAUACAAAGAAUCUGAAUAAUUUGGAGUAAGUUGUCAGAAUGAUCCUAAGGGCAUUUAUGCAUCAUCUACAGGUUUUCUGGAAACUCACUCAGUUCUUCAAGUCUUUGGGAGUGAAGGCUGUGUUUGAUACAAGUUGCAGUAGGGAUUUAGCUCUCAUCGAAGCAUGCGAUGAAUUUAUUACAAGAUACAAUCAGCACCUGGCAACUUAUGACCAAGAAUAUGUGCCCACACUUCCCAUGCUUUCAUCAGCUUGCCCAGGUUGGAUAUGCUAUGCGGAGAAGACUCUUGGAUCUUAUAUUUUGCCUUAUAUUAGUACUGUGAGAAGUCCCCAGCAGUCUACUGGAUCUGUCAUCAAACAUCAUAUUUGCUGGAAAUUGGGGCUCACCCCAGAUAAAGUCUACCACGUGAGUGUGAUGCCCUGUUACGAUAAAAAGCUGGAGGCUUCUAGGGAUGAUUUUGUAUUUUCUAUGGGGCGCCAAGGAGAAACUGGUCAAGAAGCUGCAGGCCCAAGAAUUGCUGAGGUUGAUUCUGUCUUGACAACUGGUGAAGUUUUGGACCUGAUAAAGGUAAUGUUAAAAUCUUGCGAUUUCAGAUCCUUAGAGGAAGCUCCACUAGAUAGAUUGCUCACAAAUGUUGAUGAGGAGGGCCAUCUUUAUGGGGUUCAAGGUGGUUUUGGAGGUUAUGCAGAUACAAUAUUUCUCUGUGCUGCCAAACGGUUAUUCGGCAAGGACAUGCAAGGACCUGUUGAAUUCAAAAUAUUACGAAAUACAGAUUUUCGAGAAGCAACAUUAGAGGUCGAUGGUAAAAUUGUUCUUAAAUUUGUUCUCUGCUAUGGCUUCCGCAACCUGCAGAACAUUGUGAGGAAAAUAAAGACUGGGAAAUCUGAUUACCACUUUGCAGAUGUCGUGGCAUGUCCUUCAGGUCAGGGUGGCUGAUCCUUUUGAGAAUCCACUGGUAAAGGGCAUAUAUGAUGAGUGGCUCGGCCAAACUGGUUCAGAGAAAGCUAAGAAAUAUAUACACACAGAAUACCACCCAAGAGCCAGCAGUAUGGCUUUCAACUAAGCAAUUGGUGAUACAUAAUUGCCUUUAUCUAAUUCAUUACAUAUUGUGUUUUUGAGGGUUUUCUCUCUGCACACGUCGAAUGCAGCCAAACCACGAGUUGGCUUUGCAUGACAUGCAUGUAGCAUGUGGUCUUGGGCCUUCUUUUUUUUUAUCUCUGUAUAGUACACACAGCUGAACCCCAUGUCAGUUCCUGGAGCUUUUUUCUCUAUAAACUUGUAUCAGUUGGUCUUUUUAUCUAUGAAACUGUAUCAAUGACAUUUAUUAAAAUCAGAGUUAGCUUAAUUUCGAUAUC